AGAGAGAGAGAGAGAGAGAGAGAGGGGGGGAGAGGGAGAAAGAAAUUGCGAGCCUGGAAAAAUGCGACGGAACCGCGCACACGGGGCAAAUAACCGUGGUGGAAUGAUCGAUGGAACGUCCGGUGCAUCGUGUGGAUUGCAUUAAUAACGACGAUCAUCCUAAUGCAUCGCGAACAAUCUUACGGUCACCGAUGUAGCGAGAGGGACGCUGCUUAGUGUCGGAAAGGACGGUACUCCUCACAUCGAUCAGUAUGGAUCGCAUGGGAAUAAUCUCCGUCGGAAGAAUGAGUGAUAACAGUGAUGCGGAGAUCUCAUCUAAGUAGGGCCGGCGACACGCGGCCGUUAACGUACAGGGGUUAGAUUUCAUCAUUAUCGCGACUGACGUCAACGCGUCGCGAUGUAAGAAACAAGCUCACUCUUCGCAAAUCACCAGUGAUUCGACGAUUCUCGAUCGAUGGACGUGAAUAAAAGAAUGUUGGAUUAAUUAUUGAAACGUCGAUCUGUCGACUUGGCCGAUGCGCCGCAAGAUACAUCAUUCGCGAACCACGAUACAUUUCCGCGUUAUAUCAUUAACGACGUCGAUCCCUAAUUGGGAGAAUGUGGCAUCGACAUUAUGGGAUUAUGUCAUGAGCGAAUUAUUAAACAACGGCUGUACUAUUCCGUUUAAACCGUGGAUCGCCGAGGGAAAACUGAUGAUUGAGAUACCAAAUGCUUUAAUUUGUGCGACAUAAUACGAGAUUGUGCGCUACACAUUUAUUCGCGCGCGGGUGGUGUGUAUAGAUGUACGGUGAUACGAAGUGAUUCUGUCCGCUCCGAUCGAGAGUAUGUAGAAUGCCACGAUCGUCGAUGCGCGAAGUGUGCUAGUGGAUUCAUUUUUAUCGCUGAUUAGAGUCUCCUGAAAACGAGGAUGCGUCUGAGAUAGUAUAUCGAUAUGUGAAUGAACCACGCCGGGGAAAAGCGAUGUCUACUUCUCUUCCCACACUUGUCUGUUUUAUAAUUUGUUUUGGUGGUAUAGCGUCAUGUUUACGAAACUUUCGGACUGAUUUCCUGGAGGAAUGGCCGACGCCGGGUACCGGGCCCCACUUCGAUAUCUCUAUGCAAUCGAACUUCACCGGGCUGGUGGGGAAGACGGUACAUCUCGUGUGCAAGGUGAAGAACUUGGGGAAUCGAACGGUUUCCUGGGUGAGGCACCGAGAUAUACACUUAUUAACGGUUGGUCGUUAUACCUACACCAGCGAUCAACGUUUCGAGGCACUACACUCCCCUCAUACCGAGGACUGGACCUUGAGGAUACGAUAUCCUCAGCGUAAGGAUUCCGGGAUUUAUGAGUGCCAAAUAUCAACGACCCCGCCCAUCGGCCACCCUGUGUACCUAACAAUAGUCGAACCGAUAACUGUUAUAAUCGGAGCGCCGGAUCUCUUCGUCAAUAAGGGCAGCACCAUCAAUCUGACAUGUGUCGUAAAAUAUGCCCCCGAACCACCCCCGACGAUGACUUGGAGUCAUAACUCGGAGGUUAUUAAUUUCGAUUCGCCACGUGGUGGUAUCAGUCUCGUUACGGAAAAGGGGCCUGAGACAACGAGUCGUUUGAUGAUCCAGAAAGCCGUGCCGAGUGACUCUGGAAUUUAUCGGUGCGAGCCGAGCAACGCGAAUCCCAGUAGCAUAAAAGUGCACGUGGUUAACGAGGAGCAUCCAGCCGCGAUGCAUCACGGGGAUGGAAGCUCAUCGUAUAGCAAGACAUGGCCGAUUUGUUUUAUAAUUUUAGUAAUAAUUAAUAUAAUGUUUAUAUAAGAUGAGAAGUACGGAAACACAAUUUACCCCGACACACACGAUGAAACGAGCGCGAUCGCCGAGAAUCGCGAAUUGCCUAUUUAACGUCGUCAACGUUUCUUGGAUAAAUUUGUGCAGGGUAAAACCGAACAUUACCAUUUACAUUAAAAGAAAAGAAAAAAAAACGAACUUCCGUGACCAAAAAAUUUUCAAAUAUCAGCACGGCACAAUAAUCGGUAAGAGCGUAGUAUUUUGUUAACGUAUAUCAUCAAGAACAAAUAACUUACGACGUCAAAAUUUAUUGUAUUAUUUGUAAAUAAAUUUAUUGUAUGUACAUAUCAAUAAAACGAUUGUCUUUAUCUGGA